AGUCAGUGCCUCUACGAUUCUGUUUAAAUACUUGCUUUGCGUUUUUACAAGUAGGUAUUAAUGAAGGUGUGAAAGUUGCCUGUUUAAUUUGUUGGGCUGUUAAAGUGAGCCAUGGUUUCUCUUGAAGUAUUUCAGGAGCAGUUCCAUAAGUUGAAAGAGGUUGAGGAGGGAAAGGAUCAACUCAUUGGGAAAUUGUUUGCCCGCAUCAACGAGUUGGAAAGUGGUCUGACGGAGACGAAGUUACAUCUUGAGAGAGAACAGGAUACUGCGAAAUUGUACCAGUCGAAACUCUCUGAUGUUCAGGUGAAUCUUGCAAGAAUCGAGGAAAGAAUUGAUUCCAAUAGUUAUGUGUCGGUUCUCAUUGAUGGUGAUUGCAUGACGUUUUGCGAUGAUCUCAUCAAAUCCUCUCAGCAAGGAGGGCUAGAGACAGUCCAUCGCCUAAGAACAAAAGUGGGCGAUUAUCUUUCAACGGAGCUUGAGUUACCAAGCCAGAUUUCAAUCCGCAUUCGAGUGUAUGCAAAUAAGAAAGGCUUGGCAUCGGCCUACAGUCACAAUAAAACCAUAGGUAAUGCAGAUGAUUUUGAUAUGUUUGUUCGCGGUUUCAAUAUGGGACACCCCAUGUGCGAUUUUGUGGAUGCAGGUGAUGGGAAGGAGUGUGCGGAUUCGAAGCUGAAAGAAUGUUUCACGCACGAUAUGGCUGAUGUCCAAUGCCGAGCGGUUAUCUUUGGUGGUUCAGCAGAUAAUGGCUACGCGCGGAUUCUCCAGCCAUAUGUAGGAAAUAUUGCAAAGAGUAAUCGAGUUGUCUUGCUUGAAGGGCCUCCAUUUGCUAAAGAAUUAGCAAUAAUGAAGGAAAAUUUCCUCGUUGCUCGCUUCCCGGGUGUGUUCAGAAACACAAAGUUAUCAGUUCGGCGAGUAUCAUUACCAACCACACCUCCUAGGAGUUCCACCCCAGACACGCCCAGCUAUGCUACAAGAGUGCUGAGUAAUGUCGUUUCGGAUGCUGUGAGUAUGGAGGAAAGCAGCGAUUCUUCAGUGGCUGUUCCGGUACGAACUAAGUAUGCAGUACUUCGGAAUCGCAAAGGACAGCGUCUCGAUGCCAUCGUUUCCCCGCCUUCAUCACUCGUUACUUUGAUGAGAAACACAAAACAUUGCAACAUGUUUCAUAUUUUUGGAGAAUGUCCGUAUAAGAAGUGUAAUUUCUUGCACGGGAUAAGGCUUGACGAAAAAGCAAUCGACGCUCGACGAUUCAUCUCACGCUUCAAACCAUGUCCCUCCAAGUUGAAUUGCGAAGAUGAAAAUUGUUUAUCGGGGCAUCAAUGUCCUGACAAGGCGUGUGCAAGAAUUGGAAAAGGCUGCAAAUUCAGCAAGGAGAUGCAUAACGUUGAUAGAUCUUAAGAGGACUAUAGUGGUGGUGUGGACGUGUUGGUUCGUUAGGAUCUGGGAGAUGAGGUAAUAUACUCGUGUUUUGCGUACUAGGCAGUAUUGGAGGUCUCGAAUUUGAUAUUCUUCAUGUACUCGAGUAAGGUUCAACAAAGCUUGAGAAGGGACGAUUGUGCUUUAUUCAUUCAUUGGUUUCCGCAUAAGUACAAACGAAUAGAUCGAACAGUCAAUCAAUCAAUAUCGUACUUGCCCAGGUGGUGUGUAGUGAAAGCUAAUGAGCCACACACAUGAGCCACACAUCUUAUACCCCCGGGCCGACACCCUUAGUGGUGAUGGAUAUCCACGAUUCCAACCAGUGACCUCGGGAUACAAUUGAUGGAGUUUCAGUCGCAAAUACACGUUCGAAAAGAAUUAAGAUAAAAAAGCUCAUGCAAGUAUCUAAAAUUGUUCUUCAGGUGUACCAUAAUAUUGUGCCUGGCUCCUCACGAUCAUGAAAAGCAUACCAGUAUCAUCUUCUACCAACGCUCCCAAGCAACCUUGGAGGUCUAUAAUAUAAGCAAGCGAAUUCUCGAUGCGAAAGCCUAUCUUAUAUCUCAUAUCAACAAAUCAAUGCAGGCACAGAAAUAAACAACCUAUAAGGGCGAGACCAUCAAUAUGACAUGUCCCUAAAAUUUGUAGGUAAUACUUGACAGUGCUGACUCUAUUCCGAGCCUCCAUCAAAACAUAGAUGGCGAUAUGGCUGCAACAUU